UCACGGGGGGGACACCAGGAAGCUUUGCACUGCUGCUGGAUUGCUGUGUCACUUGUUCUACUCAUGGGCCCCUAACGAACUCCCUGCAUUUAUGGAUCCCACGUAGCUCACUCCUGAUUGGCCAACAGGCUGCUUUCUUGCGACUGGCUCAACUGAAAGCACAGCUAGUAGUGACUCAAAUUAACAACGCUCUCAAUUCUGCAGCCAAGGAGUUACCUUUUCAACCAACUCCCAACAAAUCUGUCCCUUACCAUCAAUUCCCCCCCACUCUCUAUCUGCUGCAGCCAUCAGUCACAUGAACCUUCAGGGGAGCUGAAACGCCAUGUCCAAUCCCCCGUAUAUCCCCAAUGCCUAUGGAAACCAAAGGUCCUCCCAGGCGUCAUAUGGACGUCUAAUGAACGGACAGAAAGGGAUCCUUUGGGGGCAAGUUCUUCUGGAGCUUCCUCACAUAGACACAGCAUGGACCUAAGUGACAAUAAGGCCUUGGACUGGUUAUUGAAAUACAAAGCGAGCUUAGCGAGUGGUAAGGACAGGAGGUUAAGUACAGCCAAUGAAAGGAAACAGGAUGUAAAGGAAGCUCCAGUUGCAAAAAAAACGGCAGCUUCUUCAGAGUCCAAUAGAGCCAAGUUAACCUCUGAAACUGCUGCUAACAUCCUUCUGAAGUUUGGACUUGAAAAAGAUGAUUUACAGUAUCUCACCUCCUACUCAGGAGACCAGAUUACUCCUGCCAACCUGCCAUUCAUCUUGCGGCAAAUACGCCUUCAGAAGGAAAUCAAAAAGACUCGAGCACUUCAAGAAAUGGAAUCAGGACACCAGUCAUCAACCUCAACAUCUCCACCAGCCCACAGUCUUUUUCAUGGUGUUCAGCCCAGCCACCCUGGCCUUGUGCCUACACCAGUUCCCCUUUUCCUCUUCAUUCAGCAAAUCCUUACCCAAUGCUUGUUCCUCCAGUUCCUUAUCAACCAACUACCGGCCUGAUAACCUACAAUCACUUGGCGUAUCUCACUUCCAACACACAGUUUUCAGCAAAUUUGGCAGUCUCCAAUGAUCAGCCGACACAAGCUAUGAUGAAUGACUAUGCAGCUACCGUACCAAAACUCUUUCCACAUACCUGUUCUCUGUGUAACACAUAUUGUACUAAUAUGCAGGAUUGGAUCUCCCAUCAGAACGCCAGCUUUCACCUUGAGAACUGCAAACAACUUUGUAAAACAUACCCCUGGUGGGAUGGUGGGAUUGGUUCCAGGUCCAGGCAUGAGAGUCCCUCCCCGUCCAAGUCACCCAACUCCCAUCGCCGCCGUGACUCGGAGGGUAGAAGGGAUAGAAGGAGAAGUCGUUCCAGAUCGGAUCGCCGCUCUAGACACCAUCACAGUUCUCGAGCAUGGUCACGGUCUCGGUCUCGUUCCCGUUCCCCUUCCACAAGAUAUCGUAGUCGGAUCUCAUCGCGACAUCAGUCGCAUUCUAGGAGUUCUGAGAGACAAUCUUCUCCAAGGAGGAGUGACCGAAGAGAGUCCACACCAAGGAGGAGCCGUGAGAGGCGAUUGCCACCAAGACGGAAACGUGAGAGGCGAUCACCCACCCAAGAGCUUUCCCCUGAGCGAGAGAGGGAAAGCAGUGCAGAGAAACUGGCCAGGAAGCUACUGGAAACAUCAGUCCGUCUAGGUGUCCAGUCACAGUCCAGUCCGUCUGACCGGGAGGCCGUGGUCCAAACUCUCGCUCCUGCCUUAAUGGCAGAGCUAGCAAAGAGGAAAUCAUCUUCCUCUGGGAGAGGACAAAAACGCUCCUCUUCUCCUCUAUCUGCGGUGGAAAGAGAUCUUCUUCCACCGCCGGAGAUAAAGUUGCAGAGCUGGGAAGCGGGAAUCAGUGCCGGGGGCAAAGAAAGACGUUCAGCUGACAAACAUGGAGCGAGUAAGCCACCAACCAGUUCAGCCGAGACCCAUGUCAAGCAAAGCGCCCUGUCAGUACCGGCUUUAGAAAGAGGGUGUAACUACAGAACUGAUGCAUCAGCCGAGCAUGCCUCCAAAAAUGCAAGAAAUGUCCGGGCUGAGGAAGCUUCUGCUGAGCGUUCUUCCACCGCAGUUACCCCUCUGACUCCUGGGGAGAUGGUAGAGAAGCUACUGGAUCCAUCGCAAAUAAGAUUCAUCUCGGUUAAGACCUGUUUCCAACCAAAGUUUUUAAAGCAGAACAACAAGCAGCUGCUCAUAUCCAAGCUGCCCAAGGAUGGCUUCUACAAAGAGGAAGAUGUUGCCCGGCUGCUCACCCCAUUCGGCUUUCAUUAUUCGGAUGACAAAAUCUUUGUGUUGCCACAGGUUUGCUUGGCCUUCGUCCUGAUGCCAAAACCAGAGCACGUGUGUAACGUACUGCAUUCCGUUUCAAGGGUUCGCUUCAGUCUGAAAGGAACCGCACUCUGGGUUAAUGUUGUAUCGGAGAAACAGAUGAUGUCACCGCUUGGGUUGUAUAUGAAGCUGAUGGAGCUGAUGAAGUCUCCUGUAAGUGAUGAAGGAGCUGCUGUCAUCUACAUCAAAAAGAUUCCCCCGAGGGAAGCCAAGGAUCUCCGCGAAGAUAUGAAAGAUAUUUCCUUCAAGAACUUCCUGCCUCUCCUCAACAAGGUGUUUAUAGAGUUUGAGUCACACUACAACGCAGAUCAAUUUGAACAUUGGUACUGUCACCUGCAUCCAGGGCGAUCCCAGAAUAUAUGCAAGCUUGACAAAAACAAAUGCCCCUAUUUACCAAAAAGUGAUAAAAAAAUGGACGGGGCAUCAGGAAUCGAUGCUCAGAAAGCUGGAAGCAACCCCAGAGCUGUGACAACCAAAGAAGCAGCAGCUUCUCUCGCAGCUCAGCCUGCAGCUGCAGGAAAGACCGUCCAGAAAAUGAAAGCGAGCAUUUUAUAUUCUACUGAUGGCACACCUUUGAGCCGCGGGGAGAUGGUAGAACACUUACUAUGCAAAGAGAGAAUAGAGUGCCUCCCGGAAGAAUCCUGCAUCUCACCACAAUUCCUCGUAGGCGGCAGCAAGCUGCUUCUUCUAACGGAGCUGCCCGCCUUUGACGUCUACACAGAGGCAGAUGUUGCCAAAGUGCUCACUCCUUUUGGAUUUCAGUUUAAGGAAGACACCAUCUAUGUUGUUCCUCAGGCGCGCAUGGCGUUCAUCCAAAUGGGAACGGCUGAAGAAGUGCAAAAAAUCAUGAAAACCCACAAAGGGCAUCCUCUUGUUCUGCUAGAGGCUAAACUGUGUUUGGAUGUGGUGACCGGCUGCCCUGAUACGUCACAUCUUGAGUUCUAUAAGUUCCUGAUGGGCCUCUUGAAAUAUCCGGUCACUGAUGAAGGAGGAAGAACGGUGCUCAUCAGGAACAUUUCGCAGAGCGAGAUCGAGGACCUCAGGGUGGCUUUGAAAAAAAUCGGCUCAGUCAGGAACGUCCUGCCUCUUCUCAACAAGGUGUUCAUAGAAUUUGAUUCAGUUCGUGAUGCUGAUCGACUCGGGGUUUGGUACAGUUUUCUGAAACGAGCAACCGGUCAUCAAGUCCAGAGGUUGAAGGUACCGACCAGUGGCUGCACAUCACAGGCACCGAGACAUCCAACCGACGCUCUGCCCGACAACAAGGAUGUCAUGGAAGGGGCAACUGUCCCGCCGGAAGACACUGUGGUCCCACAGGGAAGCACUCCGCCAUUUUGGCUCACCAUGAGAAAUAGUCCCUUUGUGUUCCCUACGACGUCCCCUUGGUUCAGCAUCCCAAGGUUCCAGACCGUCAAAGCCGCGAGCGACAUCACGAGCGCCACAGGUUCCACCACAGUCAUGUUGACCGGUUUGCCGUCUGGAUACUACAAACACGAGGAUGUAGCGAAGCUGGUGUGGCCGUAUUUCUGUCAUCAAAACCUUUGCUCCUUGUACUACAGCGUGAUUGUGUUGCAGCUGCAGAGGAGGGCAUUUGUGUUUUUUACGGACAAGGAAGCUUGCAGCCAUUUUCUCCAGGACUACCUCGCUAGGCCAUUAUUGGUCAAGGGAAAAGCAGUUAAGGUUCAUAUUGUCCUGGAGCACAUGGAGCAUGAAACCAGUGAGGUGACGAUGUACAAAAGCCUGAUGAAGUGGAGCAAUGCUGGAGUUCCUGAUUCCGACUCUCUGGAGGAGCGGCUGCUGUGUGUACGGAUCAGAGAGGUGUCUGUGGAGCUCGUCCUCUUGGUUUUGGAGGUGGUGGCCGUUGUUGCACCCUUUGUAAACUUCCUGCCACUCGCCAACAGGAUAUGCAUCGAGAUGGCCGAUCCGAGCGGUGUGACAAAGGUGUUGGAGAAGAGGAACUCUUUAUGCCCCGUCACUAAUGAAAAAAUGAAAGCAUGGGAAAAAGUUGUUGGUUUUGAAACUGUGAAGAACCUCGAGCAGCGUCUACAAGCUUCUAGCAAGACGUCAACAACGGUUAAAAUGAUCGAUGCCAAGGUGGACACCGAGUUGCCAGCUUCAGAUUGUCCAACCGAGCGUCCUCCUUCUGAACCUCUGGACAGUGGGUCCCAAUCUGCUCUGCAAACCAGCCACCCUGAUGGAUCCACUGCAGGACCAAGUCCUACUGCAAACAAGGAAGGCGAGAACCCAGGGACUGAGGUCGCCAUCGCUGCUGCUGGUUCCAAUUCCAAUGAAGAUGUCAAAAAACCAUCUGCUUCUAGCCCCGACCUCCCCGCCACAGCACUCAUGUCUGAGGAAGACCUCGAUAAAUUCUAUAAGGUUGACGCGGACAGUUUACACGCUCUCUACGCGGCAGUGGGCAUCCACAAACGCCGGCGAGUCAGCAGGUCUAACAACAUGGACAAUGACGAGGCAAAUUCGACGUCCUCGCCUAGGACCGGGUCAUCGUCUUCUGCACAGGAAAGGGAAAAUAUUAACUCUAAAGAAACUGUUGUUGACGCCUCAGUGGAGACUCAUCCUGAGCAACUUACAGAAGGUGAAGUGGCAAUGUCUGCCCACAAGGUGUCAGCAGAGGGCGCUGCUGCAGAAUCAGUUGAGUCAGAGACAGAAAUGGAAACAUCAACAACGAUGAAGAGGAACAACAAGGAAGGAAAAAAAGAUGGUGAUGAAACUGAUAAACAGAUGGGUGAUGGCGACCAAGUCAAAAGCUCUAAAACGCAGACCACUGGGCCCAAGGAAUCCCCGACUCUGCAUGAAGAAUGCCUCCAGAUCUCGGACGGUAUCAAUGAUGAACGCAAAGCCCAAACAGAGGCAUCCAGUGAAAUGGAAAUGGAUUGUUCUUUCCAAGGUCAAGACAGCCACAUGGUUGAAGAGGAUGGUUCCAUUGUGAAGCAGCAGCUGUCUGAGGAAAAUGACAAACCAGAAGUGGAUAAAUCUAAAGAUAAGAAGGUGUGGAGAAGACAGAAUUCAAAGACGAAGAAGUCAAAAUUAUUUCAAACGCAUCUUGCAAAGCUUCCAAAGACGCUGAAAAUCAAGUUAAAACCACUCCAGAAAGGUCUGAUCGAAGAAGAAGCACAAGAGGAAAGAAAGAGGAGAACGCCAGUAUACACCUCAAAGAAGCAUCUGAAAAACCUGACAGGUUUCAGGAGGCUACGGUUCAGGUUUUGGACUCUGUGGAAGGGGAGGCUGUCAAUAAUGGACUAACCAUCGCAUCUAGAACAACCAGAGGAAGGAGGGAACGAGCUAAGACGGAUGCUUCUUCAAUUGACCAAACGAUGGAAGAGGACACCACACCAACAAAGGGGAGGUGUACUCCGUCCAGAGAG